AUGCAGCAGCCUGAGGAGCGCCUUCUGCAACCGUGCGCCGGGCCGCUGCGCUUUCUGGGUCUAUGGGGACCGCCGGUUCGGCCUUUGCGCGCAUGCGCGGUGCUGCUGCUCAACGCGGCCGGCACUCUGUGCGCCGCCCUCGCGUUGUGGGCGGCGCCGGGCCGCAGCCUGGAGCGCCUCGCCGCCGACGCCUACGUGGGCGUCACCGGCAUCGCCAUGACCGUCAAGGUGUCGGCCUUCCUGUGGCACAGGAGCCGGCUGCAGCGACUGGCCCGCAUCCUGGGGGCCGCCGGGGAAGGCAGCGGCGGAGCGCGCGGUCGCUACCGCCGCAACGCUGCCAGGGUGGUGCGCUACAUGCAGAUGAUGGUGUCGGUGCCGGCGGUGAUGUGGACGCUGGACCCUGUGAUCGUGGACGACGGAGGGGCGUCGCCCGGGCGCAGCCUGCCGCUGCCCAUCUGGCUGCCCGGGCUGGACACGUCGGCGUCGCCGCUCUACGAGCUGGUGUACGCGCUGCAAGUGUGUACGCUGGUCGUCGCCGUCGAGGCGUCGCUCUACCUGGACGUCUUCUUCGUCGUGCUGAUGCUGGCCGUCGCCGGCGAGCUGCACGCGCUCAACGACGCCGUCGCGGCCAUCCGGUCUCCAGGCGGCAGGCCGCGCCCUGCUCCAACUGCACGUGCGGCGACUGGCACUGUGGAUGCCGCCACCGGAGCCGCCCCGAGCGCGUACCAGGCCAUGGUCGGGGUCGUGGGCCGACAUCAGCUGAUCUUGGCGUCCAUACGAGAACUGGAACUAGUGAUGAACCACUCCAUAUUCCUUCUCCUGUUUCUCAACAUGCUGAAUAUUUGCGUACAUACUUUCGUUACUGCCGUGCUGCUACAGAAGGAAGUACAGCCGACGACGAUGUACAAGAUGGUUAGCACUAUCCCGAUCUACAUGUACGAGACUGGACUCUUCUGCAUCUUUGGACAAUCAAUCAUCGAUCAGGGCGAGCGGCUGGCGACGUCGGCCUUCAGCAGCGGGUGGCCCGAAUGCGGGGUUCGUUUCCGGCGGGUGCUGCUCGUCUUCAUGCUGAGGGCAUCCCAGCCUCUCCAGCUCACCGUCGGCCAGAUGUACACUCUCUCCAGGCACACGUUUCUGCAGCUCCUGAAUGGAUCUUACACUUUAUUCAACAUGCUCUAUCAGAUUCAAGGGAAUAAAUGAUGCUGACUGAAUCUUGACAACACAGCUGACAGUAUGACAAUCAAAACUACUGCUGAUGGAACAUGAAACUCGAUCAAAAAUUUUUUUUAUGAACCACAUAUCACAUAUCGUAAUGCUUGAAAUUUGCACUGCUGUUCCACUCAACAAAUUGUGUACCUAUUAGUUAAAUCGAAAAUAAAAUUGUAUUUG